AGGUCGGCCCCCGGGGCAAGUUUGCGCCGGCAGGAUCGCGGUUGAUCUCCAUCAUCUCCAAAGACUUCUUCCUGAGAUCCUAUCAUCUUGAAAAAAAAAUGAUGAAGCUGCUGUAUGUUAUACCUUUUUUAAUGCUUACUUUCACCAUGAUGGAAGGCCGACCAAAACUCUUAGAAACUAAAUGUAAAACUGGUGCGUUGGAUAUUGUCUUUGUGAUUGACAGCUCACGUAGUGUCCGUCCCUAUGAGUUUGAGACCAUGCGGCGUUUCAUGAUUGACAUCAUCCAUAAUCUGGAUAUAGGGCCAAACGCCACACGGGUUGGGGUGAUUCAAUACUCCAGCCAAGUCCAGAACAUCUUCUCUCUCAAGUCUUUCUUCACCAGGGCUGAAAUGGAAAAGGCUAUCAAUAGCAUUGUCCCCUUGGCUCAAGGCACAAUGACAGGCUUGGCCAUUCAAUAUGCCAUGAAUGUGGCCUUCACCGUACAGAACGGGGCCCGGCCACUUCACAGGAAGAUUCCCCGUGUGGCUGUGAUUGUGACUGAUGGGCGGCCCCAGGACCGUGUCACUGAAGUGGCUGCUCAGGCACGAGCUGCUGGCAUUGAGAUCUAUGCUGUGGGUGUUCAGAGGGCAGACAUGAACUCUCUGAGGGCCAUGGCCUCCCCCCCUCUGGAGGAACAUGUCUUCUUGGUAGAGUCCUUUGAUCUCAUCCAACAGUUUGGCAAGCAGUUCCAGGACAAGUUAUGCGGUGUUGAUAUGUGCACAGAACUUGAUCAUGGGUGCCAGCACACUUGUGUCAGCAUCCCAAGCUCCUUUUAUUGCCAGUGUAAACCAGGAUACAAACUUAACGCAGAUGGAAAAACAUGCGCAAUCAUUGAUGCUUGUGCUAACCAGAGACAUGGCUGUGAGCACCAGUGUGUUAAUUCACAAGGUACCUUCAUAUGCCGUUGCCAGACAGGCUACCAGCUUAACCAAGACAAGAAGACCUGUAGCAUGAUCAAUUUCUGCAAUUUCAACAACCACAGUUGCCAGCACGACUGUGUUAAUAUAGUCAAUGGAUAUUAUUGUCGAUGUCGUGAUGGCUUCACUUUGCAGGAAGAUGGCAAGACAUGCCAAGCCAAUGAUCUCUGCAAUACUGUAGAGCAUGGGUGUGAAUUUAAAUGUCUCAGUACCUCUGGCUCUUAUCACUGUGUCUGCCCAGAAGGUCAGCAACUGCAGGCAGAUAAGAAGACCUGUAACAAGUGCAAGGCUGGGCACAUUGACUUGGUGAUGGUCAUCGAUGGCUCUAAGAGUGUCCGGCCCCAGAAUUUUGAGCUGGUGAAACAAUUUGUCAACCAGAUAGUGGAUUUCCUGGAUGUGUCCCCUCAAGGCACCCAUGUCGGGCUGGUCCAGUACUCUAGCCGAGUGCGCACUGAGUUCCCACUCAACAAAUUCACAACAGCAGAUGAUAUAAAGGAAGCUGUUCAAAGAGUGCAGUACAUGGAAAAGGGCACCAUGACUGGACUGGCCCUCAAGCACAUAGUAGAACACAGCUUCUCUGAGGCAGAAGGUGCCCGGCCACUUUCCCAGAACAUUCCCAGGAUUGGCCUGGUCUUUACGGAUGGACGCUCUCAGGAUGACAUUUCAGAAUGGGCUAGAAAAGCAAAAGAAUCAGGAAUCAUCAUGUUUGCAGUUGGAGUUGGUAAAGCUGUCGAGGAAGAACUGAGAGAAAUUGCUUCCGAGCCAGUGGAUCAACAUUUUUCAUAUUCAGCAGAUUUCAACACCAUGACUCAUAUAGUUGACAAUCUCAAACUCAGUAUCUGCCCAGAGGAGGGCACAGGAACAACUGAAAUCCGUAGUCCAUGUGAAUGUGCAGCUCUCGUACAGUUCCAGUCAAACACUAUUGAAAUCCUACAAGACCUCACCAAUAAAAUUGCUCAGAUGACUGCCAGAAUCGAUCAUUUGGAAAACCAGAUUGCCAACAAAAAGUGAUUAUCAUGAAAAGACACCUUAUAUUUUAGGCAAAGAAAUUUCCUGUACUUCAUCCUUGGCAUAUCAAGAGUGGUUGCAAUGGUUAUCUGCUCAGGAUCUUGAGUGGAACUCUUUUUCCUCCAGAUUGUUUAAAUUAUAAAAAGUAUUUUACAUUUUUUUUUCCUUUUUGGUAAGAUGAGUACUUGAGAUGGAACUCUAAUGAAACUGAUUGAAUUUCGGUAGAUGAACAUUUCGGAGAAGGAAAAGGAAGUUAAAUAUAUAGUGUCAUCAAGACCUGCUGGGAUUAUUCAGUAAUUAUUGAUUUUUUAAAAAUGGAAUUUGAACCCAGAACUCACAAUUUGCAAAAUGGGAGCAGGAAGCAAGAAAUUCCUUCCUUGCUGAAUUAUAUUUUCAGAAGAGACAGCAUCACUGUCUAAUGUUCCUGACCAAAAGAAUAUGUUCAUGGUUUUCUUACUUACUGUCUUUCAUGGUGAACAGUUGAACCUUCAGACUCUUCCUAAUAAACAGCUUUUCUUACUCAGGAAGAUUCAACAUCUGUUGAUACUACAAUUCCCAGAAUUCCCAGCUAGCAUCUUGUAGUUUGAACACAUCUGGAAGUGCCCAGGGUAGAGGGAUGCUUGAAUAAAACAUCUCAAAAUACUUGCUUUGGAAAGUGGAUCUUUAUUUAAAUCAACAACUAAAAUGAGUUGGUUCAAAAAUUGAACAAAAGAGUCUCAUUGGCACAUUUCCUAGGCCCACCCUGAUUUCGACAGAAUUUCUGGAGAAUUUGUCAUGAUUUCUCUUUUUAAAAAAUCAGUGAAUUCUUUAAAAAGUUCUAUAUGUGUCUGCAUAUAUGUAUGUACCUUUGUUUCUAAGCGAGGUUAGGGCUAAUAAUUUUUCUAAAUAAUUGUCUUUUUAUUAUAUGCAAAUUUUAUC